AUGCUCGCUGAUAAAUUCCGUAGCCGCUUUCAAGUAUGGCGCGAGCACAAAGGCCGUCGUAGAUCUGCGAGUGGAUAUACGAGUGAUGAUUCUGAGAUCUGGGGCGAUUGGACGAGACCAGACCGGCCGACGUCGGUGGAGGUUCGAGUGGCACGGCAAGGUGGCCAGAGUUCUGCCGUUGAUUUGAUGCCUUGUCGUCUACAAUGGGCCAAAAAGCAGACUAUCAACGAGCCAACCGAACGGGAUACCCUCACGCGUAUGGCAUAUGAGGCAUCCUAUCUUCGCGCCGAAAAUGCCUACUACCGCAAAGUCCGACGCGCUGCCAUCCUGUUUUAA